AGAGCCGAUCAUUGUCUCUCUCACACUUUCUAACUAGCCAUUUCACAACAUCCAGACAGCGGAUCGGUCCGUACGCAGCAGCAGCAGCAGCAGUAGCUUCACCCUCAGGGCUUUUUUUCUCCCCUUCCUCCCCCCGACGUCGACCAUAACUAACAAUCUGGAUUCACCGCGCGGAUGAGGGCAAUUACUGGACUUAAUCUAUCAUAAUGUCUCCUUUUCCGAUCGACUUGAUAGUCAAAUGAGUUAGGCAAUGGCCGAGGAGAUCUGACUCCCCUCCUCCCCCCUCUCCUCCUCACCUCCUCCGGGUGCGAGAAGUGGCUGUUUAAAUGAAUCCCAACUCUAAAGAGGGAAAAAAAAAGCACUUUGAUUUCACUGUGAAGCAGAUCGGUGGACAUCAUGUACAGAUCGGCGGGUUUUACACUCAGAAAGCCGCUGAGUGCGUUUGAUUUCGGAUUACUGUGACAACACAGGACGAGUUCUUUGAAGGGGAGAAUUUUUUUUUUUUUUUUUUUUUAGGAGUCUGCUUCCUCUCUGCUCCUGUUCGCCUGUCCUCCGGGUUCCUGCAGGACUCCAGAGUCGCGGAGAGCUCAUGCAGUCGCCAAGGGAGAGGAGUGAAGUGCGACCCCGAGCUGGAUGGAUGGUUAUGGGGAAAAGAGGAAGACCCUCGGCGCUUGACGUGUGCAGAGUCCUCGCCGUGUUUCUCGCACUCUUCCCCGCCGUGAGUCUGCAGUGCAAGAUCCUGAAGUGUAACUCCGAAUUUUGGGCCUCCACCUCGAACUCUGGACCGGAGGAGGAGUUUUGCACGGCGCUGCGGGCGUACAACAGCUGUGUACGCCGGACCGCACGUACCUGUAGGGGGGAUUUGGCAUACCACUCCGCCCAGCAUGGCAUAGAGGAUCUAAUGAGCCAACACAACUGUUCCAAGGAGGGGCCGACAUCCCAGCCACAUGCCCGCACCCCACUUCCUCCUCCACCCCCGCCACUCCUCCCUGACAGUCAGGAACGCUCCGAUGGCCCGGAAGUGUGCCACUACGAGCGCAGCAUUUCACGCAACACGGCGCCACCCAACUACACCCACUGUGGCUUCUUUGGAGACCCACACCUUCGCACCUUUGAUGACGACUUCCAGACGUGUAAAGUGGAGGGAGCAUGGCCGCUCAUCCACAACAAAUACCUGUCUGUCCAGGUGACCAACACUCCGGUAGUGCCAGGUUCUUUGGCCACUGCCACAAGCAAGCUGACAAUCAUCUUUAAGAAUUUCCAGGAAUGUGUGGACCAGAAGAUGUACCAUGCAGAGACAGACGAGCUGCCAGCUGCAUUUGCAGACGGCUCGAAGAACGGAGGGGAUCGGCACGGAGCGAACACUCUGCGCGUGGUGGAAAAGGUUCCCGGGCAGCAUGUGGAGAUUCAGGCCAGGUACAUUGGAACAACCAUAGUGGUCCGGCAGGUUGGCCGCUACCUGACGUUUGCCGUGAGGAUGCCAGAGGAAGUUGUGAACUCUGUGGAGGAAGGCGAUAACCAGGACUUGUACCUGUGUCUUCACGGCUGUCCCGCCAACCAGCGCAUCGACUUCAGGAACUUCCGAGCUCGAGCAGCAGAGGCCCACAGCGCAGGCAGGGCCAGGAGCGGCGUAGGCUUUACCUACCAGUCUGCUAAGGCCAAGUGCAAAGAGCGGCUCCCCGUGGAGGACCUGUACUUUCAGUCCUGCGUGUUUGAUCUUCUCUCUUCUGGAGACAUAAACUUCACCAUGGCAGCCUACUACGCCUUUGAGGAUGUAAAAAUGCUCCACUCAAACAGCAAGAGAUACCACAUCUUUGAAAAGGAUGCUUUUAUGAGCCGCGCAGCACAGAGGAGCCAAAAUUUACUUUCACUCUUCCUCUUCAACCUCCUUGCCGUCUUACUGUGGACUGAGUGCUGCACACUUCAUCUAUAGUCCCUUUACAACAGUGUCCUCAUGGUGCAUCUGUCAGUGAGUGUUAGUUCCAUCGCUGUGUCGUACAUUGGCUGCUGUCUUCCGCUCUCGUUCUGUGACUUGACGGCGGCUUGCCAAAAAGGGUCAUCCCAGCCCCGAGUCUCAUUUUAGUUGUAUUGUCAUGUCGUGACAUCAGUCUUAAUGACAAGGCAAGUUCACCGUGCUCCAUCAUCACGUGUAUUUAGCUGGUUCGUAGGACUGGUCUUUGAAGAGAGCAGCGGUGAGAGAGCCCAGCUACUCCCAGAGCUCAGGAUAUCCACCUGGGAUUAAAUCCCACAUUCUCACCGGGGCUGCAUGCCUAUGUGAAGCCGGACAAGAUGAUCUUUUGCAGAAAGAGGAGUUUGCUGAUCCUCCCUCCACUGAUCCCCUCAUUGGUGCCAAGCCAGUGAAGCUCUCUGUGGCUCCUGUGGCGAAGCGAGAGGACCUGACAGGGGCUUUUGUUAACCUAAGGCCAGAAGCAGCUCUAUGUUUGAUUAGUUUCCAGCUUUGGAAAAGCCUGGGCCUUUUUGGAGGAAGCACUCAGCCAAAAGGAUGUCAGAGCAGCGUCUCCAGUUGUCUGCUGUGGAGAUUAAUGGGUCAUAUUGUUAGGUGUGUGUGUGUGUGUGUGUGUGUGUGUGUGUGUGUUAGUACAAUAUGUGUGCAGAAAUCCGCGUCUGUGGUUAAUUUUGUGUGUUUGUGGGUGCAGGAGUUCCCAGAAAUGAGAUAACCAACCUCCAUUGGGAGAAAUCUUUCCCAUGUUUUUAAUGUUGCACCCAAAAUUUCAGAAAUAGAAAAAGACGAGGCGCUCCACAGUCUGUUCAAAUGUACUCUAUCAGCCAAGUAGCGAAUCCCAAAAGGGGGCCGAUAAAAAUAAUCCCUUUUCAUCUGUACGUCAUUUCAUGUGUCAUCCAGCCUUUCACUCCAUUGUUUGAGCUGACACGUCGAUCAGACAGUGUUUUGUAUUUUAAGUCUGUAAUGUGAAUGUAGCCAACAAGAACGCAAAAGAACAACCUUAGUUAAGGGCACUCGAGAGUGUUUACAGAAUGUAGAUCACAACCAAUCAAACUGCGACGCCUCUUUUGAUAGCGUUUUGUGAAUUUUACUCUCCAUUUCAAGCCUCGGUUGUCGCCCAGCAGUGCUGUAGAUACUGUUAGUACUAGCUGUAAAGACGUCGCCUCUAGUCUGUUUAGCAUUUUAUAGACUACCAGUGUGCUGACCUGACUGUGGCUCACCGCGUAAAUGAUAAGCAUAUGUCUGUAGACGUGAUUUCAUGGCUUAAGUCAUUGCCAAAGAACAAGCCCUCGUGCCAACACCCCCCCCCCCAACAACUGAAUUUUCAUCUUUUCAGUCUGUAAACGAUUCACAUUAGGGGGAUUCUUAAUUGUAUAUAACUUGUGUGUUUGUGGGUGAAUUUGCAGCAAGCAGAAAAAUUACAGUGACACACUAUAAAGGCAGCAUUCGUUUCUGUUUUCGCCGUCUCACCUUUCGCUUUUCUUGUGUUUCAUGAUAGCAUUCCUCGUCACGAGAGGUUUCCAUUUGAACUUUGGCUCUCAGCUGCAGUAUCUGGUAAUGUGUAAGUCAUUCCUGUAGAUACUGUUACUACUCGGGCACAGUUUUAUGGUCAUUUAUCCUUUACACUGAAGUAUUCAGCAGGCCUUACUACUGCUAUUUGGAACAUGUAUUGGUGCAGUUUAACAACAGAAAAAAAAAAUCACACAAACAAAUGAUUGUAAUGUUGAAUCUUGUGUUAAUAGAUGUAAUUUGUGUUGUGAGUUUUGCAGUAUAUGGUUCUACACGUUUAAUGUGAGAUUGUACAUAAGUUUUGUGAGUUGUUGAGUUUAAAUUUGUAUAUUACCAGUUGUGUUUUGAAUUUAUCACUCCAGUUUUUGUACAUCAGAUGUUUUGGUGAAUGUGAACCUUUCUUUUAUUUGAAAAGGGAAUUUUUUGCAAAAACAUGAACACCACAGAACAAACUUUUCUUUACUAAAUGUAUUAUACUCGCCAAGUCUUUGUGGAGGAAGUGAUAAAAUGUUGGAUCCCUUUUGCUUCCAAAUCUAACAUCCCGAAUUCAGCCCACCUUAUCUAUAAAGGGAAUGUAGGAACGUGUUCUGGGGUGUUCAUGUUUUUGAGUUUAAAAGCACUUUAUGUUUUCUUUUUCAUUUAGCUCUUAUUUGGUUUGAAAUUGUGUCAGACUGUACUGGUUAAAAAGGUUGAACAAAAAAAAAGAAUAGCUGAAUGGGAAAUGCCAGACAGAUCAAACUGUGUUUGUAUGUAAAGCAAAUGUUGUGCCACACGCCAGCUGUUUAUAAUGUAAAUUAUUUAUUGAAUAAAAGAAAAUGUCUUGUUAAAGAA